AUGUCAGAUCUACAUGACUUAUGCAAAUUCCCACAACGUCCAAUUACCGAUGCAUACGUAGACAAUUUAAAGUAUUAUCUAAAAAAUGGAAUACCAGCGACUUAUACCGUUGAAGAAGCAUACAACUACGACAAUGGGAUAGAAGAAGAGCCCACCACGACAACGACUCCAUUGCAUUUGAUCUGUACACAUGUUCCUAAAGAUUUAACGGCGGACGAAGUGGGAAUUGUUUCGCAACUCGUUGAAAUCUUGUUUGAAUAUGGUGCUGGAUGGUGUUUUACUGAUGUGGAUAAUAAGACUCCUGGUUGUAUUUUGAUAAAGAGGGGGUUACAAGAUUUACCGAUAUAUCAACAGAUUGUUGAUGCUGGAGUGAGGGCGGAAUUGUUGUUGAGGAAAGUGGGGGAGUAUGAUAUGGAAGUAAUUAGCGAUACAGAAGAUUUGGAUCAUGAGGCAUUUGUAGGGGUGGCCAACAAGACGGAGACGGCAAGUGAGGAAGCUGUGGAUUUAAGGGCAAAAACCUCACCCGAGAAGCCACACAACGCAUCCAAUGUGGAUCAAGAAGAUGAUGCACCGGAUGCACCAUCGCAGAACCAACAAUCAUACCUCAAUACCAAAUUGGAAUAUGUCAAUGAUGAUGCAUUAGUGACAAAGGAUAGGAAAGAUGGAGUCAUGAUGUCAUGGGAAUCAGAUAUAAUGCAACUAGGAGCAAACACGCUUUUUAAAAAGGGGGCAUACAUUGAAAAGAAUGAACUCGAUUCCGAAAUCAACAUUUUAAACAUUGGAUUUGGCAUGGGAAUAAUCGAUACCAUGAUUCAGCAACAACAUCCAACCAUGCACUAUAUAUGUGAAGCACAUCCUGAUGUAAUUGAGAAAUUACGCACUGAUGGAUGGUUUGCCAAGCCAAAUGUUAAGAUUCUUGCUGGUCGAUGGCAAGAUGAAUUACCCAAAUUGCUCACCCAGGGUACAUUUUUCAAUGGAAUCUAUUACGAUACGUUUUCUGAACAUUAUUCCGAUAUGUUGGAAUUAUUUGAUUUAGUAGUGGGGUUAUUGAAACCGCAUGGUGUUUUCUCGUUUUUUAAUGGUUUGGGAGCUGAUCGACAAGUUGUCUAUCAAGUUUAUCGCAAAUUGGUUGAGUUGGAUUUGGAAAACUAUGGGUUGGUGUGUAAGUUUACUGAUGUUGAUGUGCCGGAAACUUUGUUUAAAGAUGGGAGAAACAGUGGCAGUGGCAGUGGCAGUGGCAGUGGUAGUAGCGCCGAUGAUGAUCGAGAUGGUGAUAAAGAUGGUGAUGCAAGUGUUUGGGAUAAUGUAAAGAGAAGUUAUUGGUCUUGUCCCACUUAUUAUCAUCCAGAGGUUAAAUUUAUAGACUUUUAA